CACAACUAAUAAUUGGGCAUAUCUAGACUUGUGUAACAUUUGUUUUAGUUUUUUUUUUUACCUGCAGUCUACUUAUAAUGCUUGUCAAGGCACCAAAAAUAUACAGGUAUAGUCAUACAGUUCUACCCAUUUUCUGUCCUCUCUCUGAUGAUUAAAAUUAAGCAGGUUGUUUUUACUACUGUACAUUUAAGGCUUCUAUAUGUAAGUGAUUAACUCUUCACAUGUGAACUGCCUUACCGAACAUAUUGUAUUCUGAAUAGGGAUUCAUAUGUGUAAAAAGUGCGCAGAAAUAUGUUAAUGUGCUCAUGGUUGUGACGUUAAAACCAUGGGUGGGUGGUAUGAACAAAAUCUUACAUCAUGAUACGAGUAGUUGUAUAUCACUCUAAUUGUUCAUAUCAAAAGAGUUUUUUUUUUUAUUGUUGUUGGAAAUUCAAUAAAAAAAAAAAAUGUAGAUAACUAUGUGUCUAUUUUAAUAAUUCAGAGAAUUAAAUAUUUUGCAUGUUAAAGGUGGUAAUUCUAAUUUGAUUAAUGUUUCCUUUUAUUUGGAACUUGUUGGACGCAAUACAGAAGGCAAUAUUAUUCAUAGCAAAUUAAUAAGUCUUGGUAUUAGUGUUAAUGCCGUUUCACAUUACUGUAUGUAACACCCAAGUUGAAAGGAAAAGACUGAAAAAUACUAUUAUAAAACUAGAUAGGUGCAGUGGCAUAGCCAAGGGAGGGCUGACCCAAUUAGACCCAGGGCCACCCAGAAUAAUAGAGAUUAUUAUUUUACUUAUAUACAGGGUUCAUACAAGGUGCUUGAAAUACUUGAAACUGACUUUUUUUAAUUUAAUUUAAAAAUAGCAAUUUUGUUUUACCAAGAGGUGCUUAAAAAGUGCUUGAAUUUUAAAAAAAAUAAAUCAUUAAAUAAUUUAAAUGUAUUUAUUUAUUUUCGGAAAACCACAAAUACAAUCCUGUUACAGAAAGACGUACCCCCAAUGCUACAGCCAAACACCACAUUCCACUUCUCGCUCUCACAGACACUUUGUCAUGAAUCAUAGAGAAUAAAGAAUUUAUUUCAUGAAUAUGUUAUUGCAUACCUUUUUGUGUGUGUUGUAUGCUUCUUAUUCAGAACAGAUUCAAAUAAAAAAAAAAAUGCCAGAGGAAUUUCAUAACUUUCGGUUCCGUUAACUGUUCUCUAACGGCAUUCUUCCGCUGGUGCGUAUGGAACACACAUGGGGGAAUUCACUAAGGAUGAAUUGUGGCCGGUAAAUGUGCUAUUUAUUAGCAUGUGCUCUCUGUGCUGGUUAAGCGCCCCAUUCAUUAAAGGAAUUAUGCAGAUCAGGCAACGGCGCAAACGCACCCACAAAAUUUAUGCUGAACGCAAAUUGCACACGCAAUUCUGAUCUUGAAGGCCGAUGUAAAUUGCGCUGGGCAAUUUUUGUGAAUGAAGCGCAACUUAGAAUGAGCCUAAUUUAUACGGAAAGGUGGUGUGUUUGCGCGGAAAGAAAUGUCUGUGGCUUAAUUUAAAUACUGAAGAUGCAGCGCAAUUUCAGCACUGACUGCGCCUGCUAAAAUAGAUUGCGGGUGGUUAGUGAAUAAAGACACAGGUAUUUGCGCAGAAAUACCAUGUGCAAAAGUGCCACAACGGUUAAGUGAAUUCCCCCCACAGUGUUUCUGGCAGUGCUAUUCAGCUUUGUGUGGCAUUGCUGAAUUUACAUCAAGAAAUGUAUUACUCCAGAGUAAAAAUAUCUCAAAUGAGAUAUACAAAACGUCCUUUGAAUGCAGAUCAUUGGAGGAUUCGGUUUUCUCCGUUAAGCAUCCCCGUGUGGAAAGAAAGCUUUGUGUCUCGCAGAAAACAGUGUGAAAACCAGUGGCUGACAACAUUUGCAUUUUGGUCAGUUCCUCACAUAAAGCUGUUUUAUGACUUUAGAAAACAUGGAACAUAGCUCAUGAGUCAUAUGAACUACUUUUAAAGGUUCCAAUUAUUCACCUUUGUUGGAAAGCAAAGUCCACUUUAAAGCUGCACACUUAUAAGUUGUCUUGUAAAAGUGGUAUUUUAUAAAAAUAGAUUAAAUCAAUAAAUAUUAUAUGUGAAAUUUGUUUGAUGAAUGACUACUCUUGCAUAGUCCUUGAAAACAAAUAAAAAUGUGCUUCAAAAGAAUUUCACUUUGAGGCAUCUGUAUACAGUGUAUAUAAUAUAUUUAUAAAAUAGUUUAAAAAAAAUGCAUACAGCAAAUCCCUUUGUCACUCAACCAUAUACACAAGUGCAACAGUGGGUGAAAGUCUUGGGUGCAGUUCCAAGCAACUUAGCAGUAUGACAAUUACAAUAAACAUCUGAUUUACACAUAACACAGUUUACACAUCUUGUUACACAACACAAUAUACACCUAAUAAUUUAUAAUAUACAGUAUACACAAAAUAAGAAGACUUUAUACAGUAAAAAUACACUGUACCCCUCCCCAUGUAAUCAGUGGAAAUAAAUAUGUAUUGUUGUGUUGACAUUCAGCUGUCGGUUGAUAGUCAGUUGCCAGUGUGUUAUUAAGAGAAGUAUAAAAUGUCCAGUCUGAGGCUAAUAAUAUGCAGUGUUUAUAUAUGUAUCGUGAGCAAUCAAGAGUUCAAAUAUUCUGAUUGCUUGGGGGAAGUAGCUGUCAUGAAGUCGGCUGGUGCGGGUCCUGAUGCUGCGAUACCGCCUGCCUGAUGGUAGCAGUGAGAGCAGCCCAUGGCUCGGGUGGCUGGAGUCUCUGAUGAUCCUCUGAGCUUUUUUCACACACCGCCUGGUAUAUAUGUCCUGGAGGGAGGGAAGCUCACCUCCGAUGAUGUGUCUGGCAGUUCGCACCACACUUUGCAGGGCUUUGCGGUUGAGGGUGGUGCUGUUGCCGUACCAGGCAGUGAUGUAGCCAGUAUGCUCUCUACAGUGCUGGUGCAGAACCGUGUGAGGAUAUGGUGGUUCAUUCCAAAUGUCCUCAGCCGUCCCAGGAGGAAGAGGCGCUGGUGAGCCUUCUUCAGAAUGGCCUCAGUGUGGACGGACCAUGUGAGUUCCUCAGUGAUAUGGACACCGAGUAACUUUAAGCUGCUGACCCUCUCCACCGGUGCUCCAUUGAUGGUGAUUGGGCUGUGUUCUUGGUCUUUUCUCCUGAAGUCCACCACAAGCUCCUUGGUCUUACUGACGUUGAAGUACAUUCUGGUUUCUGAAAGUGUGAAAGAACUGUUUGAAUGCUGCAAUUCUCUGUUAAGGAAAAUUUGGUUAAAAAAAUAAAUAUUUGGAUGAAAACUUGGCCCAUCCAUUUUUAUUGAGGCCCACCCAAAAGUUAUUUCCUGGCUACGCCCUUGGAUAGGUGUCAGGACAAACUUUGAUGUUGGCUUAAAAAAGCCUUGUCUGAAAGUUUAAACUAGGUUUAUAAUUAAGAAUUUUAAUGGAUAUACAGCCAUAACUGUAAGACAAACAACUAGCUAGAUAGAUGUCAGACAGACUAUCACACAGAAAAAAAGAGAGAGAGCGAUACAGAGAGCAACUUAAAGCAGAUUAAAGACCUUUUGUGGGUUUGUUUACAUUUGAAUUUUUGACAGUUAGAGUUUGAAUUAAUGAGCAUUCCAGUGGCCCAUUUGAACAUUCCAUCUGAUUUUUGAUCGUCCCCUGUGCGAAAACCACAAGUCAGAUCAAUUAGAAAAGACAUGGGACACUAUUCCAGAACAGUCUGUAGGUCUUUGCAGAGUUUGGUAGGUGUAGCUUGAAAGCCUUAGUAGGUGAUAGUGUUAGAACUUUUGGUCUCCGUUUAGAGAUUUUGAUAAAUCCCUAAACACAGUUUGUAGAAUAACAGUAUGUUGGCUUCCUCAAGCCAACUUAAAGAUAGUUCCGACUAUAAAUUCUGACUGGACGAUGAUUUGAAACCGUUUGGAAGUAGCUGAGAAUUGCAAACCUGUGAAUGCAUAUUAAUUGACUUCUAUAUUAUUGUGACAGGUUGCGGUUAACACUGUAUAUACUGUACCAUCUUACUGCCCAGCCUUACCAUGAUCUGAUUUUGCAGCUUAGUUUCUAGAAAUGAGGUAGGAUGGGAUGGCCCCAGAAGUGAUCCUAGCCAUGGACGAGGGGCAAUACGAGGGAAAGGUGGACGUCUGGUCUCUGGGCAUCACUUGCAUAGAACUAGCUGAAAGGAAGCCUCCCUUGUUCAAUAUGAAUGCUAUGAGUGCCUUAUAUCACAUUGCGCAAAAUGAAAGCCCUGUCCUGGCAUCAAACCACUGGUCGGACUACUUCCGUAACUUUGUGGACUCUUGUCUUCAAAAGAUCCCUCAGGACAGGCCUACCUCAGAUGUGCUGCUCAAUCACCAUUUCCUGUGCCGAGAGCGCCCCCAUUCUGUAGUGAUGGAUCUGAUAACGCGCACCAAAGAUGCUGUGCGAGAGCUGGACAACUUGCAGUACAGGAAGAUGAAGAAGAUCCUCUUUCAGGAAACACACAAUGGCCCCACACAAGAGGGAGGAGAGGAGGAAGAGGAGGCAGAGCAGUACCUCUUGCAGACGGGCACAGUGAACAGUAUGGAAAGCUCUCACUCUGUGCCAUCCAUGUCUAUCAGCGCCAGCUCCCAGAGUUCCUCAGUCAACAGCCUGGCCGACGGGUCAGACGACAGUGCUGAGAUGGCCAUGAUGCAGGAGGGAGAACAGACAGUCACCUCCAACAGCUCCAUCAUACACCGCCCCACUGCUCGUGAUAACAUCUACGAUGACCCAUAUCAGCCAGAGAUGGAGUCGCCACAGCAGCUGUCAUCUGCAGCUCGGAGGAGGGUGCAUCGGAACCGAGACCAUUUUGCCACCAUUCGCACAGCUUCUGUGGUGACCCGUCAGAUUCAGGAGCAUGAACAGGGCUCAGCUCUGAGGGAGCAGAUGUCCGGGUACAAGCGCAUGAGGAGGCAGCACCAGAAACAGCUGCUGGCUUUAGAGAACAAACUCAAGACAGAGAUGGAUGAACACCAGCUCAGACUAGACAAAGAGCUGGAGAGCCAUAGAAACAACUUCGGCGGUGAAGCCGACAAGCUGAGUAAGAAACACCAGGCCAUUCUGGAAAAAGAGAUUAAAGCUGCUCAGGCGGAAGAGAAGAAGUUUCAGCAGCACAUACUGAACCAGCAGAAGAAAGAACUCAAUAGCUUGCUGGACUCCCAGAAACGCCAGUACAGACAACGCAAGGAGCAGCUCAAAGAGGAGCUGAGUGAGAACCAGUCAACGCCUAAGCGAGAGAAGCAGGAAUGGUUGGUGAGGCAGAAGGAAUGUAUGCAGCAGUUCCAGGCUGAGGAAGAGGCUUCAUUAUUACGGCGACAGAGGCAGUAUUACGAACUGCAAUGCCGACAGUAUAAGAGGAAGAUGCUGCUAGCCAGGCACAAUCUGGAGCAGGACCUGCUUAGAGAGGAUCUGAACAAGCGUCAGACCCAGAAGGAUCUAGAGUGUGCUAUGCUGUUGAGACAUCAUGAGUCCACUCAGGAGCUGGAGUUCAGGCAGCUGGCAAUGGUCCAGCGUACUCGGGCCGAACUGAUCCGCACACAGCACCAAAGCGAACUGGCCAAUCAGAUGGAGUACAAUAAGCGGCGUGAGCAGGAGCUUCUUCAGAAACAUGCUGUGGAGGUUCGCCAGCAACCCAAGUGCUUAAAGACGAAAGAGCUGCAGAUCAAGCGUCAGUUCCAAGACACCUGUAAGGUUCAGACACGGCAGUACAAAGCCUUGCGGAACCACCUGCUGGAGACCACGCCCAAAUCCGAGCAUAAGACUGUCCUGAAGAGACUCAAAGAGGAGCAAACACGUAAACUGGCCAUCCUGGCCGAGCAGUACGACCAUUCCAUCAAAGACAUGCUGUCCACACAGGCUGUGAGUAAGCUGCGAUUGGAUGAGACGCAAGAGGAGGAGUACCGAGGGCUCCGCAUGCAGCUACAGCAGGAAUUGGAGCUGCUGAAUGCCUAUCAGAGUAAAAUAAAAAUGCAUACGGACACACAACACGAGAGAGAGGCCAAAGAUCUGGAGCAGAGGGUGUCUAUACGGAGAGCUCUACUUGAACAGAGGAUUGAGGAGGAGAUGUUGUCUCUGCAGAAUGAGCGCUCUGAGCGGAUCCGGGCACUGCUUGAGCAUCAGGCUCGAGAAAUCGAGUCCUUUGACUCGGAGAGCAUGCGUCUGGGAUUCAGUAACAUGGCUUUGAGCGGGAUCCCUGCUGAGGCUUACAACCAGGGUUACCCCAACCCUCCCUCCUCAGGGCCCGGGGGCUGGCCGUCCCGUCCCGUACCUCGCUCAGGCAGCCAGUGGAGUCACGGAGUCCAAAACUCAGCGGCGCCACCCUCCUGGCGAAGUCAGAACAGUACAGCCGGAUUCAGCCGAGGGGAGCAAGUUUCCAGUCAUGAGAGAGAUCGAGAGAGGGAUUUAGACAGGAUGGGCGCCCGCGGCCUUCCCAGCUCUCACUGUUCUGCUUCACCUGCAUCAUCGUCGUCAUCCUCGCAUCAUCACCUCCGGUACCUGCAGCAACAGUACCACCACCAGAGCACGCCUCAUCUGUACCGUGACAGCCGAGAGAGAGAGUGGGGGAGAGGAGGAGGAGGAGGAGGAGGAGGAGGAGGGAGUCACCAUUCGUCUUCAUCCUCUCAUGGCCACUCACAUCACAUUUCUUCCCAUGCCUCUGCCCAAUCCCUUGCCCUCCUCCCUCCACCUCCUCCUCCUCCACCCAUCUUGCUUUCCUCCUCCUCUCCUCCUUCAUCCUCCUCCUCUUCAUCCUCUCAGAGUGGCUAUGGAGGACGGGGAGAGGGCUUGGCUGUGAGGGGCCCCAGCUUGAUGGCUCUCAGGAACAGUCCGGGGCCCCUUCGGAGGACCGCCUCAGGCGGAGGGCCGGGUGGGGAUGGUGGUUUGAGUCGGAGUACAUCGGUAACAUCGCACAUCUCGAAUGGAUCCCACCUCUCCUACUCAUAGAGGGUCAAGCAGGAGGUUAAAAUGCUGCAGUUGAACUUAUGGGGGGAGGUAUUAGAGUGUAAAAUGUGGCUUUACCUUAAAGGGAUAGUUCACACAAAAAUGAAAAUUCUGUCAUUUACUCCAAGCCUGUAUGACUGGCUUUCUUCCUCAAAAGGAAGAAGCUCAAAAGGAGUUGUUAGGCAGAAUGUUGGCCAAUCUUUUAUUGCACUUUUUUUUUUUUUUUUUUUUCAUACAAUGAAAUUGAAUGGAGACUAAUAUUAUGUCAAACAUCUUCUUUUGUGUUCCAUUGAAAGAAAGUUUAGAACAGCAUUAGAGUGAGUAAAUGAUGACAGAAUUUUCAUUUUUGGGUGAACUUUCCCUUUAAGAGUUCAGGAGAGGAGAAAUAGUUGUACUUCAGUACAUUUGUACAAGGGGAAAGGCCGUUUAUGUAGCUCAUUUAAGAGUUAAACAGAGAGUUGAGGGUGAGGACCGAUUUACUUUUAACAGUAUUUAGACGGGAACACCUUUACUUACAAGAUGAUUGAUCUCAGGGUUACCAAGUGAUAGGGAUUUAGAAGGUCUCAGGGUUUAGAUCUGCAACAGAAAAGAAAAGAGAGGAAUAUGUGAAUAGAUGUACUGCACCAGGAACAGAGAGGUUAACUGUUGAGUGUGUGGGAGGGAAGGGAUUAGAAUAACAUAAGUGGUGCCAAUACUGUAGAUUGGGCUCUUCAUCUGCUGGUUCAUUUGAGUUUAUUUUACUCUUAAACCAUCAAACAAACACUUGAGUUCUGCUAUUUCAAGUCCAACUUGCACACCUAACAGUUUAAGAUUUGAAUUUGAACACUCAAAAACAUUGUUUCCAGAUAUUUUAUUAGGUAUAGUCCUGGAUCAUAUGAAGCUGAAAACAAUUCGAAUCAAGGCUGAUUUUAUUCUUAAAGGAAUAGUUCACCCCAAAAUGAGAAUUCUGUCAUUAUUCAGUCCCCCUCAUAUUGUUCCAAACCUGUAUGCUGUUAUUUUUUCAGUGGAACACAGAGAAGAAUCUUUGUGCAGCUUUUUUCCAUACAUAGACAGUUCACAGUGACCACAUCUGUCAGUGUGUAGAUACACUAUAGCUUUGUGUGAGGAACAGACCAAAUUAGGCCAUUAUGCGCAGACAAUGCGCUAGUUCAGUGCUGUUUUUGACAAUGCAUUGAUACAACAUUUUUGAAUAUGAACAUGAUCACAAAUGAAAUUUCACUGCUUGGGCAGAAUGGUAGAUUAUCAAUAAAUAACGACUUUAAAUUUCAGUUUGUUCUUCACAUAAAGCUUGGUAUGCGUUCAGAAGACUUUGCAUAUGGGCUGCUUGCAUAUGGACUACUUUUACGGUGUUUAUUUUGUCCAAUUUCGAGCUUGACACCCCAUGGUUACUAAGAACUGUUAUUGUGUUGAAAACAGCUGCGUGAAGGUUCUGGCAGAAAAAAAAUAAAAAUAAUUGGUGAGUAAAUAAUUAUAGAAGGGUUUUCUUCUUUGUCAAACUUCUUUUAAUCUGUCUGAUUUGCAUCAGUUGGAGUAUCUGUGAGACUAGAGAUAAUGAGUCCUACUAAUGUCAGUUUUACUCUAAUGGGAGCAGAGAGAGCGAGUCGGAUGCAGUAGAAAGGUGCUGUAGCAUGUGCAGAAACUUGUUUCAGGGAGUUGAGACGUAAACUUGAGGAUCUGCAAAUGGCGAUUAAACUGAAUUAUUUGUAAUUAUGUAGAUAGCACUAAAACGAUACUAAAAGAAUGUCUAUUAGGAAUGUUUUUUUAAACUGUACAUUUGUAUUUGAGUCAAGGACAUGAGGCAUGUUUGUAUUAUUUUGAAAUUAUUUUGUAUUGCGUAUAUUUUUUAAAUGAUGCCAUAAAAGUCAUACUGCCAUCUAGAGGCUCUGCUUACCUAAAGCAACUCCGCCCCCUGUCUUUAUUAGGGCAAGCUGCCAUUUAAGAUGCAGUUAGUUUUAACUGGGUUAUAAUUCAGUAUCUGUUUUUAGCAUGGAUGUGAUAUGCGGUUGAAUCUGGCUUGGUGAGUAAGCCAUUCUUGACUCUCUAUAAAUGCAGACUGUGUAAAUAUGAUGUCCAUAAGAGAGUUACAAUACCAUGCACGAGACUGAUGUACAGAGACCAUUUGUAUACAAACAUACACAACAGACAUUUAUAUAUGACUAAUGAGGACACGUGUGUAUAAUACAUCACCUGUCAAAAGUCUGACAAACAAGUCAUAAGAUUGUUCCUUGGUGAAAACUUUUGAUCUAUAUUGUACUUAUACAGUGUGUGUUUACUGUAUAUACAAGCACUAACUCCUCUGUAUAGGGUAAUAAUUUUGCUAUGUGAAUUGGAAAGUGAGACAAAAAAUAGAUACUGUUGUUAUUAUUACACCUACUACUGCCGCUGUAAUAUUUGUGUUUUACACUAAUUUUAUCAUUGUUCUUUUUACUAGUUUUUUUAAUACUUUUUUUUUUUUUUUUUAAUCAAUGCUUACCACUAGGUGGGAGAUGUUGGCAGUGUCCCAGUGAAAUUUGUAAGUCUCAUUUUAGAAAGAAAAAAAAAAAACACUAAAAGACUACCUAUCCCAGCAUUUCUUGUUACAUCUCAGGGGAGGAGUCUAUUGUGCAGUAAAUUGUCAGGAGAGUAGUAUUUUAGAGCCAGUAUUAAACCUGUACAGAACAUUUAAAGAGAACAUUUUAGCUGUAUAGAAUGUUUCUAGACGACUGUAAAGUGUCUCAAACACUUUGCCCAUGACAUUGUUGUUCCAUGGGAAAACUGAUCUCCUUUGCGCUCCCACACUGCCAGCUCUCUUUAGACACCAGCGUUCACUAGAACUCUGUCUCGCUCUCCUUAGGAGACAUGCAGUACCUCACUUUCCUGUGCCUGGCCAAUCACUUCCCACUUGCAUUCAGCGUUUCCUCCAUUUCUGUUUUGUACCAUUUCUGCAAAUCAUCAUAGCAUUCCUAUGUCCUCUCUUGGUUACUAAUGUUUAUAGGCAGAAGAAGAGGAAAGAAAUCGACACCUCGGCCCAACUGUAGCUUUGGGCCAACAUGUAAUGUGUUUACAGAAAACAUGCUGGAUUCUUAGAGUAUCCUCUUGAGGGGGUGUUUCUGUAGAGACUAGAGAUGUGGUAAGGGUUUGAAUUGCUGAAUGCAUCAUCCUGCAGUGUUUGAAUGGUUGGAGCCAACGAGAGUGGAGAUGAAACUGUUAUUGCAGAUAUCUGAAACAGCGUGUGUGUACGCUGCUAAAAUGUAUUGCAAAUUAGAUUGAUGUUUGAAAGUGUGAUAAGGAGAAUGGUUGUUUUGAGAACUGUAUUGCUCAGAAAAAAAGGCCAAAUAACAUUCAGGUGAAUUCACGAGUACGGGAGAACUCUUUAACACAUGGGCUAUGGAACUUGUACAGAAAAUGAUUAACAACAACUCAUUAAAACCGAUACAAAAAUGA